AUGCUCACAACUAAUGCCUAUCGGGUGUCAAUCGGCGGCCAAUCGGUGACCAAAUGUGUCCACAACUAUGCCAUCAGUCGCGCUCUGUCUCGGGCUAUACUUCGAGGACAGGACCCUCAAGAAGUGGAAGCGAUGCCAGUGUUUCAGUUCACUUCGGGCGACAGACUGGCCUACAGUCAGCGCCGGUCGGUGUAUGUGUGGGGCUAUGCGGGCGGCGGGGCGUUGGGCCGACUCGGACUCGUCCGCCGACGACAAUACAAGUUUGGAUCCGUUUUGCCGCCCAUUGAGUGCCGAUCGGCGCCAAUGAAGUCCGACUUUAUUGACUACAAGACCAAAGUGACGGACGUGUCCGCCGGCUUCGGAUUCACGGUGAUCGCAGCCGUGUGUCCCGAUUCGCCUCAUCGACUCUUCGGCACCGGUAUUAACACCGACUGUCAGAUUGGUUUGCAGUCAGACCCGCGCCCUCCGGACAAACCUCUGGCCUGUCUUCUCAAACCGGUGGCCAUUCGACUGCCCAUCGGCUCAAAGGAUAGAGUGGUUCGGGUUUCGUGCGGCCGAUCGCACACCAUAUGCCUCACCAGUGCUGCCGAAAUCUACAGUUUGGGUAACAACGCGUUCGGACAGUGCGGCCGACCGGUGGUCGACAAUGAGAUAUACUUCCCGUCUCAUCGGAUCCAUCAAAUCAAAGAGAUUGACGACAAAGUGGUGGACGUGGUCUGUGGUCAGGAUCACAGCCUAUUCCUCACCCAAAACGGAAGUGUCUAUUCGUGCGGAUGGGGUGCCGACGGCCAGACAGGGUUAGGACACUAUCGCAAUCAGGGAUUACCCGUCAAACUGAAGGGCGAUAUUGAGGGCGAAAAGAUCGUACAACUGUCCAGCGCUGCCGACUCUGUACUCGCACUGAACGAUAAGGGAGACGUGUUUUGUUGGGGAAACUCUGAAUACUCGCAGUUCGAGUCCAUUACGGAUGAGAAACAGUUAAAUAUCCCGAGAAAUGUCACAUUCAGUCACAUAAAGGGAAAAGUGGUGAACGUAUGCGCCGGCGGUUCCCUUUGCGCUAUAGUUAACGAUUUAGGGAAUGUCUACGUCUGGGGUUACGGUAUACUAGGGAUGGGACCCAAAGUGGAUCACCUGAAGACACCCACACUCUUACCGAUGCCAUUGUUUGGCGCCAAUGAGUUCAACCCCGAUGUGAAAGUGGUUCGAGUCGAGGGAUCUUUCAAUCAUUUGGCGGCGAUUACCAAUAAGGGCGACCUUUAUAUGUGGGGUAAGAAUACGGACGGAUGUUUAGGUCUCGGCCAUCGCGCCGACCAAUACUUCCCUUUUAGGGUCUGCGUUCCGGCGUUUGUACGCAAAGUGAGUCUCGGAAUUAAUCACACGAUUAUAAUCGGCUCUUCAUUAGUAUAA